CUUUUUCUUUUCUCUUUCUUUCUUCUGCUCUUUGUCACACUCUCUCUUCACCUUUCUCUCGCUUUCUCCCUUCUUUCUGGAUCUUCUUUCUUUCCCUCUUUCUCCCUUCUCCUUCUCCUCCUUUCACCUGUCUCCUGUUCCUUUUUUACUACCAAGGACGAGGUUUGAUUUGCGCUGCAUGGAACUGCAUCGCAACCAUCGUUCAUUAUCUGCACGCAACGUUUAAAAAGAAACCCCGCCCCGCCUGGUCUUCCCAUUCAAACCUUCUUUUUAUUUCUUUUUUAUUUAAAAAAGUUCAAAAAAUCCAUAAAAGUGUUUCACCAAUUGCCGAAGCAUUUCGUCUUGGGGUCUUGGAAGGUUUGGGUGCUCACUCCCAGAUUUGCUGAAGGAUCCAUUUCCAGCGACCCAGACUUUGCAUUUACAUUAAGAAGAAGUAAAAAAAAUCGAGUAGGAGACAAGGCUACUUUUGCUGUUACAAGAUAAAUCUCAUCUCUUUUCAAUGACGACUACUGCCUCUGCUCGGACAGCCUGGCCUAGUCCUUCGAUUUCCAGUCCCAGUCCUGGCUCAAGCUCGCUUCCGACAUCUGUUAAUCCAAACAGCUAUGUCAAUAUGGUUGACACCCCUCCUCCUUCCGCAUCCAAUACCAAUCCCACAUCGUCAUUACCCAUGGGUGCUAAUGAAAACAACAGUGGCAAUGAUUUGGAUCAAAAGAUGGCAGAAUUUAGGCGCUACUGGUUCUCAAGGAGUCCUAAUGCAGGGCCUGAUCUCCUCCUCAAUGUAUCCGAGUAUGCGACCUUCAUGCCUCGCCCAUUUGGGUUAAAGGAGCGAUCUGUAGAAAAACCUUUAUUAGGACCUGGCAAUAAUAUCAUUAACAAGACUCCUGACUGGACUGUACCGCCUUCACCCCCAAGGACUAUCUCUGGCUAUGCCGCGGGUUUUGGACCCUUACUUGGCCCCAAUAUCCGAUCAAACAAGAUCGUGUAUCACCAGUGUGCUCCACUAUCUCCUCCGGAAAUGCUGCGUGAGAGCAUUGAGAUGAUUUCAAAGCUCCCUACAGUCAUGAGCCCAACACUGCCAACGUGGACUCUACCUCCUAGACCUGUCACAGGUGGGAAACAGCCAGGGAAAGUGCCUUCAGUUCCACCAGAUCUGGCUGUCAGUAGUGAUGAUAGCAGCUCAGAAUCAGGCCACGAGUCAGAUAAUCAAUCCACUGUACCUGAUUCAGAAGGAAUUGUUUUGAGUGAAGCAGACGCAAUUCCCAAUGCGCGUUACAACAGCAUUGGACGGAAAUCUGCGCAGCGCAGGGGCUCAAAGACAGGGGAUUUAGGAGGGAAAAGGUCUGUAGGAGUUACGGCGAUGAAGGGGCCAGUAUCAAAGGAGUACUGCUGUCUACUUACAUCGGAACAGGCAAAACAACUACCACGGGUUGGCAAAGUUCAUCUAUCCAAAUCGCCUGCUGUUGUUAGAAUUAAUAUACCUCAGUAUUUAUUGCCUGAGCUCGAAGCCAGGCUCAAGUCAUUGAAUGGUUUAGUCUCGUCCAAGUCCGCAUCCAAUGCUACUACAGGACGCUCGCUCUCACCACAGGCAUCGCCAUUAAAGGUUAAGAGCAAAAGUGUUUCUAAGAAGCACUAUUCCGAAAAUGAGGGCCCUAGAAGAAAGAAGACAAAGCGUGAUCGUGAGCAGUCGAGUAGUUCAGAUUCAGGUUCAGAUUCGGAUUCAAGUUCUGAAUCGGAUCGGUCACAGGCAACUAUAAAACGUAGGAAACGAGAUAAGGAACGGCGACAGAAUUCUGGUAGUACUAGUAGGAUUGAGGAUGGUCGACCCAUUAAGGACUCAAAAUCAUCGCAAUUGUCAACAAUUGAUCGUAAGCGACAGAAGCUUGCAAGGAUGAAUUCAAUGAGCGAAGACGAUGAUACUGAGGAUCGAAGAAAAGUCAAAGACAAAGCACGGGAUCUUACUGAGGGCAGCAAUGGAGCUUCCACAAAGAGAAUGCUCGUUAAGAAAGAGGCCAGUUUGCGCCGAAGAAGGAGUUAUUCGAGUAGCAUGUCUCCAGAUCCUACAGCUAUAGCAUCAUCAUCAUCAAAACUAUCAAAGAAGAGCCAUGUAGAUGAUGCUCGUGAUGACCAUGCGAGAGAAGGAAGAUCUAAGGACAACACUGAUCGGCGAUCACAUUCAACUCUUAAGGAUGACCGUGGCCGAACGGCAAAACGACGUCCACGACAUGGAGACUCUCGAAGUCGAUCACGAUCACGAUCACGAUCAUAUUCAAGGCAACAAAAGAGAAGCCGUGAUCGUGGCGAUAGCCAUGAGCUUGUUCAAUCGAAUCGCGGUCGACGAGAUUAUGAGACUGAAAGAAACACGUCAUCCAAAGUAAAACGAGUGCACAAUUCUAGUCGGGAUUAUCAGGAGAGGCCUAUUAAAAGCCGUCGAAUUCGGAGUCGCAGCUGGAGCAAGGGCAGGAGUAGGAGCUCAAGUAGGAGCAGUAAGGAGAGGAGCAGAAGCAGAAAUAGGAGUAGAAGCAUGGAGCGGGAUGGAAGUCGCGACCCACGGCGCGACAGGAAGCGACAACGCUCACGGUCACCUUCAAAGAACAAACAAGUGGUGGACAGGCGUGACAAGGACAAGCAUGCUUCACGUGAAAUGUCAUCCUUGCCUGUUCCAGUGGCAGCAUCCACUAAUAAUAGCCAUCCUAAACCUACAUCGCUGGAUAUUGUUGAAGAAAAUGCGGACAGAGGCCGGGAAUCACCUUUGUUUAACCGCCGGAAAGCCGAAAAUCCUCGUGGCUCUACAUCUACACCUAUCACAAAGUCGUCAUCUCAACUUGCUCCUCCUCCUGCUCUUUCUUCUCCUUCUCAGAGUUCCCAGAACACCAAGAGCAGUACUGCUUCCUUAUCAACUCGUUCAUCACUAGACAGCAUUACAAAAUCUCAACCGCAGCCAGAGUCAACUAUAAAUUCGACACCAGCGGUACAGCCGACACCAGUGGUACAGCCGACGCCAGUUAAAAAGUUUACGAUGGAGGACUAUCAACGUAGGCGGUUAGAAGCGGAGGUGAAUACACCCAAGGUUUCAACCGAUUCACCUGCCAUGUCUUCGAAUAGCGCAGUCAUCUCUGGGUCAGCAGGGAGCUCAUCGCUUGAAGGACCACGACGAAUGUCAGUUAUGCCGAAUGAGCCUUCAAUGGACGGGCAAACCAAAUACUUUAGAGAGUAUAACAGAUAUCGCACACUGGCUAUCGGACUUAAGCGUAAGGCAGAUGAAAUCACCCGCGUUCAGAAUAAUCCACGUUUGGGCGCUAUUGUCUAUUUUCUCAGCAGCAAUGCGUUUAUGCGAGCGUUCCACUAUAAUGACAAACAUUUUGAGCAGAUGCAUUCGUCCAGACCGGAUCUAGUUCUCAGAGAGUCAAUGAAGUGUUGGAGUAGCAUGAAGCAAUUUUCGACCGCCCUCUCUGUCCAAUGCUGCGAUAAAUUCGAAGGAUUGGACGGUCUGAGUUAUCUACUAGAGGCCUUAGUCUAUUUCAAAUGCCAUAGCUAUGCAAACUAUCGACUUCGAAAGGAGAUGCAAGCAUUUGAACAAUUCAAGAAACGACCCUCAGGAGGGGAUUCUGCAGCAACGGCACAGGACAAUGUAGUGAUCAGUUCAGAGUUAGCAGCCAAGUUAUUGCAGAUUGCAGAGGAGUGGACGAACCUGACGACUAAACUGGAAGAAUGCGAAGUUGCGUUCACGCCUGAUAUCGUGCGGAAGAAUUUUCCAAAGGCGUUUAAGAAGUGGUGUAUCCAUCCUGAAGAGAUUGGAGGUAGUGGUGGCAAGACUUAUUCAAGGUUUGUGGAACAAAAGCAGAAAUUAUUGGUAGGCAUGGUAGAUGGUGCACCAGUCUACGAGGAAAAGGUCGUGCGGUUUCCCAAGAUUAUGUGGCCAUUGGGAACAUAUAUGCACUUGAGCAACUUGAUGGACUUUGCAGAUGAAGCUGUGAAUGAAUACCAAGAUAACAACAAAUUACAAUAUGAUAUCUCUCAAGUUCAACAAGCUCAAGCACCGUCGUAAAAAAAAUAAGUCAAAAGAGGAAGGAAGGAAGGAAGGAAAGGCGUAUGGCAGCGAAGGAAGUAAAAGGAAUAUCUAGUUG